AAAGAAGCUACGCACCAUGCGAGAAGCAGUACUAUCAUGAGCGGUCUUGGCGGAUGGUAGUCGCUUCAUAAUCAUCUAAUGCAAGUCGAUUGCCAGGCAUACAAGACGUUUCUUACCCUCUCCCAGCAGUGAUAUUCCCUCGAUCUAUAUACAAGACGCCGGCGAUCCAAAGCUGCCAAGGAAGCGGACGAAUCUCUCGCACAGUCGAGGAUCGGACUUCGUUCAGCUCGGCUGAUUCGAGCGGACGCUACCAAAAGGGUUUCACCAAGAUGCUACUGCACGUUGCGUGCCUCAUCCUGUUACCAGGCAUUCUAUCUAAAUCAUUAAUUCCGCAAACAAACGCGGCUCCAGCCACGUAUGAUCAGCGACAAGACGGUGACUUCAAUGUGGAUGCGAAGUUUGAAAACUUUUUGGUGAUCGUCGCUACUUCCGGUAGCAGUGGUCUGUUCAAGAACCUGGCUACUCAGACGCUGGAGUUAAACGAGCUAAUAUCGCAACGCAGCAAGCAACAGACCGCGGAGAAGCCAUCCGAAACGAUGGUUUAUGAGACAGAAGAUGCAGAUGGUGGGAGAGAGCCUUACCAUGUCGAGAUCGUUCAUAUAGAGAAAGAGGGAGAUAGCACAGUUCGAAGUAAACAUACCGACAAGUCGUCUGACGCUAAAAACACAGAGAAAAUCGAAUUAGAAACAUCGUCGAUGAAUUCUAAAAAUUUUGAGUCUGGUUUGCAAGAGGUGUCUAUCGAUGGUAAGAAGACGGUAAAGAGGACUAGAAGCCUGUGGAAUACGGAAGAACAUCGGGGACUCGUUGAUAGUUCGAUAAAAGGAAAUAGAAGGUCUACUAACGUUAGAAGUUCGCAAGUGAAGAACCUCGACCAUUCGGAUGAUCUCCCGGUUAAAGAAGAAGAGGCGUUGAAAGCAGCGAGGCCGGGUAUAUCGUUGAAGAAACAAUUGUCGAAGAAGGAGGAGGAAGACAUACCUUCGAUAUCCGAGGAAAGGAACGAAUUGGGUAACAAGUUGGCGGAGCAGGAGCUAGUGUUGUUGGGAGACGGUAUCGAGAAUUGCGGACCUGGAAGAUAUAGGGAUAAAUUAGGUGUUUGUCAGAACGACAACAAUUUUAAUUAAAAUUCAUUCUGUUUAAUAAGAGGUACAUAAGUUCCAUUUAAGAGUAUCUAUUUAUAUGACGAUUGUGAUAUUUGUAUACUAUAGUUAAAAGUUAAAAAAGAUAGUAAAAAAGUAUAAAAAGCAGGAAAAUAUAUAAAAGAAAUUAUAUGAAAA